AUGUGCUGCUGCUGAUAAAACAUUAUUUGCCCAGGUAUUUUUUUUCAUGAAUCUUUUUCCAGUGUCGGUUAAUGCAGGUACCUCUCAGGUCCUGUUUGUGCUCCGUUUGAUUCAAGAGAGGAGGUCAGAGGGGAUAGAAACAGUCUGGAGACGGCAUUUGUCUUAUUUAUUUUUCCUCUGGCGAUGGAGUGGACCGGUCUGCUGGAGCUGCACAGCGUCUCUAAAAGGUGAAUUUCAUCAUCCAGACAAACCCGUGUGUUAGGACACGCCCGACUCUCCACCACUGGGCGGCCCAUGCACAUGCACGACACCAUGGGCAGCUCCCCCGAGGUUCUCUCGUGGACUUCCUGCCCCAGUCUGCUGGUGGGCAAGCUGAAGGAGGAGCUCAAACUCACCGUGGUCGGGGACGCGAUGAAGAAAUCAAACUCGCCCAACUCCCAACCUCAGCCUCCUCAGGCACCUCCAUCCAACCUACCUCCUCAGAUUAUCACAGAUUUGGCCCCGCCCACGCACCUGCCCGUUCCCCUGGUGCAGACGCCGGGGCAGGACGAUGACUCGAUGCUGGGCGGUGUAAGUCCCCCGAACAUAGCGUUGAGUGUGGACUCGACGCGGAGCGAGGGCGGGCACUUUGACAACAGCGUGCUCCAGCUGCAGGAGCAGGACCACGAGGAGGCCGUGUCGCCAGCUUCCUGUGAGCACGGCGGGUGUGGGAGUGGGAUGGAGGAGCAGAUGGGAGAGGGGGACUGUCCCAUGGACCACAAUGGAGAUGGGAGGCAGAACCACCCCCACCACCCCGAUGACAUCAAGCUGCACUUCCACAGAGCGGGUCCCGGCUCGGGCGGGUUCUUAGAGGGGCUGUUUGGCUGUCUGCGGCCCGUCUGGAACAUCAUCGGAAAGACGUACUCAACAGAGUACAAGCUACAACAGCAAGACAUGUGGGAGGUCCCAUUUGAGGAGAUCUCGGAGCUGCAGUGGCUCGGCAGCGGUGCACAGGGAGCUGUCUUCUUGGGCAAAUUUCGCUCUGAGGAGGUGGCCAUCAAGAAGGUGCGGGAGCAGAAGGAGACUGACAUAAAGCACCUGCGUAAACUCAAACAUCCAAACAUCAUCAGCUUUAAGGGUGUGUGCACACAGGCACCUUGUUACUGCAUCAUCAUGGAGUACUGCGCUCAGGGCCAGCUGUACGAGGUGCUGAGGGCGGGGAGGAAGGUGACCCCCCGGCUACUGGUGGACUGGGCCUCAGGCAUCGCCAGCGGCAUGAACUACCUACACCUGCACAAGAUCAUCCACAGAGACCUCAAGUCUCCCAAUGUGCUGGUCACCCACAACGACACUGUGAAAAUCUCUGACUUUGGGACGUCCAAAGAGCUCAGCGACAAAAGUACAAAGAUGUCAUUUGCGGGUACGGUGGCCUGGAUGGCGCCAGAAGUGAUACGAAAUGAGCCUGUGUCUGAAAAAGUAGAUAUAUGGUCGUUUGGCGUCGUGCUAUGGGAGCUUCUGACUGGAGAGAUUCCCUACAAAGAUGUGGACUCCUCGGCCAUUAUUUGGGGUGUCGGCAGUAACAGUCUCCACCUUCCUGUUCCCUCCACCUGCCCAGAUGGUUUCAAAAUCCUCAUGAAGCAAACAUGGCAAGGCAAACCCAGGAACAGGCCUUCAUUUCGCCAGAUCCUCCUACACCUCGACAUCGCCUCUGCUGACGUCCUGGGAACUCCUCAGGAGACGUACUUCAAGUCUCAGUCAGAAUGGAGGGAGGAGGUGAAGAAACAUUUUGAGAAGAUCAAAAGUGAAGGCACGUGUAUCCACAGGCUGGACGAAGAACUCAUCCGACGCCGGCGGGACGAGCUUAGGCAUGCUCUGGACAUCCGGGAGCACUAUGAGAGAAAACUGGAGAGAGCAAACAACCUCUACAUGGAGCUCAGCGCCAUCAUGCUGCAGCUGGAGGUCCGAGAGAAGGAGCUAAUGAAGAGGGAGCAAGCAGUAGAGAAGAAAUAUCCUGGGACCUACAAGCGCCACCUGGUCCGACCGAUCGUGAGGCCCAAUGCUGUGGAGAAACUCAUUAAAAAGAAGGGAAGCAUUUCCCACAAACCGGGGAUGCCACCUGCUAAAAGGCCAGACCUGCUUCGCUCUGACGGCAUACCCAGUGUCGACCCUCUCCCCUCUCCCUCGCCAUUAUCAGCCAGCCCGAAGGUCUCCACGCCUCCUGGCAAAGCCCGAUACAGAAGCAAGCCUCGCCACCGCCGCGCCAACAGCAAAGGAAGCCACAGCGAGUUCCCAGGUGUGCUGAAACCUUUACCCGGAGCACCCGAGGACACCCAGUCUCUUCAGGAGCAGCAGUUUCACCAUCACCACCACCACCCGCUACCUGAGGGACCCCUCCUCCCCCUGAAGGGCCGCGAGGAGGCCGUCGUCAACUGUGCCAACAAUCUGCGCUACUUCGGCCCGGCCGCAGCCCUCCGUAGCCCUCAGACGGAUCACCUGCAGCGCCGAGUUUCCGAAUCCAGCCCCGACCUCAUAUCCACUGCGGUGGACGCAGACACACGGCAGAGGACUUCAUCAACCAGCUCCAACCCUGUUCCAGGUGCUGGUGCUGGUACUUUGUGCCCCUGCUGCCAGGCUCACCCCUUCCCUGGAUGCCUUCACUGUCAGGAGACCCCUCCUGUAUCAAACCACCCAGAGUUACCUCAUUACUCACUGCUCAACACCCAGGAGAGCACACAGUCCUCUUUAGGGGCUCCUGGCAAAGACCCUGCCUCAGACGGAGAGGCCACACAAAAAACUGAGCCGCAGGCACAAGAUGAGUCCCAGCAUACACAAACCCUCCCCACUGCACUGCCCCGCGUCCUCAGACCUCUCAGGAAGGGUGGCGAUGAGUCAUCUGAAGAGGAGGAGGGGGAGGUUGAUAGUGAGGUGGAGUUUCCAAGGAGACAGAGACCUCAUCGUUGUAUGAGCAGCUUCCAGUCCUACUCCACCUUCAGCUCAGAGAAUCUGUCGGUGUCUGACGGCGAGGAGGGAAACACCAGCGACCACUCUCACAGUGGACCCCUGGAGAGGCUGAGCGCCAGUCAGGAGGAGCACCUGGACGAGCUGCUGUCGCACACGCCGGACAUCCCCAUCGACAUCUCCACGCAGUCAGACGGCCUCUCUGACAAGGAGUGCGCCGUCCGCAGGGUGAAGACUCAGAUCUCACUGGGGAAACUGUGCUCGGACGAACACAGCUAUGAGAAUCCUCUACAGUUUGGGGACUCAGACUGCGAUUCGUCAGAAGCAGAAUGCUCAGACGCCACCAUCAGAAACAACAAAGUUGGGGCUCCUUCCUCUUGGUGAAUUAAAAAAAAAAAAAAAAAAAAAAACCUCCCGGGGCUCACUUCUGUUCUUGCCUGGAGGCCCAUCCUGUCCCGACAACACAGCAAUAAAAGGACCACAUUGUAAACACAGCUCCCUAUAGCAAAGCCCCAUGCAAUCUCUCAGAGCCCCUUCCCCUUCAUUAAACCCAGUCUGCCCCAUCUCUAGCACAGCAUCCAGGCAACCCAUGGCAGGGAUUCCCUUUUGAAUGAUAUGUACAGUAGAUAGUGCUCAUAAUUUAUUUUUGUCUGAGUUUUGAAGGAAAAUUCAGGACUUCUGUAUAGUCUCUGAUCCAAACAGAGAAAAGACUUUUGAAAGACAUUUCUCAAACUGGGCUAACUGUGCUUUGGGGAGAGACUGAGACUGGAGAAAGAUCUAGAUGAUGAGAAAAAGGAAACGUGUCUGAUGUGACACCCUGAAGAGUGGAGUGGCAUCCCUGUAAUUGUUGGUGUAGGAGCAUCAGUGCAGCCUUUCUGUGGCUCUGUUUGCUCUUAGAAUCAAAGAUCAACAUCUCCGCCUGACGGAGAAACUCGCUCUGAAGAGCCUCAGCCCCCCGCCUCCCCAGCUUCCAUCUCAUCCCCGCUCUGCUGAGUGGGGGAAAGGAGCUCAUGAAAAACAGUGCAAACACCAGCAUGAAAAACCUGCCUCCCUCCCUCCCUAGAAACAGUGUCCAGUCAUCAAGGAUCCAUGCUGAACUGUCCUGGCAUGCUCGUGCAGCUUUCAAAAUGCAAAAAAAUACAAAAAGAAAAAAGCUGCUGGAAGACUGCAUGAAGCGGACAAGCUGGCAGAGCAACAGAGGCGAAGAGAACCUAAAAGAAGGUCUCUUCCUCUGUCAUCCUACUCGGAGACACGCCAACGUCAUCGUCAUCAUCAAUCAGAUGUCAUGACCUAGAGAAGUUAAGGGGGUUAUAAAUGUGUGUGUGAGUGUGUGAAAAUGAACCCCAUUCCUCUCCAUUAGACAUUACAGUUUCAAGUCUCAUCUCAGGAUAGUUUGAGGACUGUGAGAAACUGGACUGGACCAAUUGUGUGCAGGAAUCUUUGAGUGGCAGGAUUAUUAAAGGUAGCCUUGAUGUUCAACCCUUUAUCGCUGUAAUACAAAUGUGUAGAGUGUUUUAGUUGCAAUCCAGGUGCAGUAUCUCAUUUCUGCUAACUACUAGGUGCAGCAUCUCCCAUGUACCAUUUUCUAGCAGGGUAAUUUAUACAGCAUCCAAUAAUAGUCCGUGUGUGCUGUAAACAGCAAUAAAGUGGAUUGGGGCGUCUAGCAGGCUAGACACAACAGUGACUGCUGGAUAAAGUGUAAAAAGACUUAUUUUUCUGUCCCAUCUUUUUUGAACCUCACAGUGCUCAGGUUUAUGUUGAUUCAGAGCAGGAGCAAUAUAUAAGCAGCCACUAGAUGGCGACAUCCCCAAUGGUUUUUCCACAUGUUAUAUAAACCAGAGGUUCUCAACCUUUUCAGCCCUCAACCCCCAAAAUAAAGGUGCCAGAUACGGGGGACCCCCACUGGACCUGAAGGUGGCUGAACACAGACAUGAACAUUAAAGAACAGUCAUAUAGAGACAAAAUGGGAGAGCUUUUUGGGGCCCAGCCAAACUGGGAACCCAUGGAGGUCAACAAAAGCAUGGUCUAUUGCAAAGUUAAGCUGUGAUAUCCAUAUUUUAUAUUUAAACUGAAAA